CUGAGCCACCCGGCCAGGGCACAUGGACCAGUUUCUCCAUUAAGGAGCCCUUGGCAUUACUGACAAGUUUAUGGAGGAUUCAGGCUGGGGUUGAUAUCCAUGGGCUCUCACCUGGAGGGCGGGGGCACAGCAGUGAGCUUCCGGUAUGUCCUCAGGACAGAGGCCCCUCUUGCCCCUUGCCCCUUACUGAGCUACCAGGUGCCCUGUCUCUGAGCCCCUUUCUUGGCAGGCUGGGUUGUGAUACCCCCUCGGCCUGAUCUUCAUGCCAAUCUCUGGUCCAGAAUCUCUCCCCUGACUUUCUGACUUUGGCCCCAAGUCCUCCUUCACCGGUUGAACUCCUGACCUUCUGGGCUCCUGAGAAUCUGGCUACACCUGAAAUUCCAGGUUUAGGAUAUCAUGUCCAGUGCUGGGCUCUCUGUUGGAGCUGGGUUCCCGCCUCCAGUCCAGAGGGUUGAGUAAGAGCCGGCCUGACCUGGUGGGUCUGUGUCUGCGAUUUCUAGGAGACGGAGCAGCACUGCAAGUCCUCGCUCAGCUCUAUUCACCAGUGGGAAGUGAGUCUGUAGGUUGCUCUCACUGACUGGCUCGACCCAGGGGGACCCGUGCGAGGCUGAAAAUGUACCUGUUGAUGGUCUUCCCUCCCUUCUUCUUGUAUCCAGACUCAUCGUAUAUCAUCUCGGGACCAAAAGAAGUGAGAGGCGGGGAGUGGCACUCAUUGUCUGUGCAAUGUCACUAUGACCCCGGGUGGGAGACCUACAGGAAGUGGUGGUGUCGUGGGCGUGACUGGAUUAGCUGUGAGAUCCUCGUUAUAACCAAUGGAUCAGAGAUGGUGAAGAAGAACCGUGUGUCCAUCAGGGACCAUCCGAGAAGCCUCAUGUUCACUGUGAUCAUGAAGGAGCUCAGGCGAGAAGACACAGACACUUACUGGUGUGGGAUUGAGAGAACUGGAUCUGACUAUGGGGUCCCUGUUAAAGUGACCAUUGACCCAGCAGCAACUACAGUGCCGACCCCCACCCCCACCAUCGCCUCCACUGCCAACGCGUUCACAGACACCCCAGAAGACUCCUCAGGCUUCCUGAAUGUGACCAGCCUCCAUCCUGAUGGCAGUGGCGACUCCCUGAAGCUCUGCAUCUCCCUGCCCCUCUUCAUUGUUCUGUUGCUGCUUGUCUUGGCGGUAGUCUCACUGUUGGUGUGGAGAGUGGUGAAGCGACAGAAGGAAGCUGCUGGGAUACCCCCAGAGCAGGUGCUCCAGCCCCCGGAGGACAAUGUCUGCUAUGCCAACCUGCCCUGGAAGCAGACAGGAGCCUCGCUCAGCUCCUUCAGUAAAAGGGCCCCCACACAGCCCUCCUCCUCUGCCCAGGACGACCAGGGGGAAGUGGAGUACAUCACCAUGGCCUCCUUUCUGGGUUCGGACGUUUUCUAUGAGGCUCUGUCUCUGGACACCUUGGAUCAGGACUCAAUCUACAGCAACACACAGGACCUCAUCACCCCCCUUCCCAGCAGGAGCCAGGAGCAGCUCAUCCCAUUCAGUGCCAUCAGGAAGCCUUAGCUGUGCAAAGGACCCCCUGUCCGACCCCACAUGCGGCCUGUCAGCACGUUCCUGCCUCGUCUGCUUUCUGCUCCCAGUCCUCUCAUCACCCCCAGCCCGGAACUGGGCUCCAAGCCUGGUCUCAGGGGGCUUCUGGGAGAUAGAAAGGGGUCUCCCCACUUCCCUUCCUUUCCCUCAUAGUUUGGGAAGAGGCUGGGGCUAUGGUCUGGGGUAGCUGAGGGAGGAAUAAUGAUGAUCAUGACAAUAAUAGUAAUGAACCUUUAUUGCUGCCAUGUGUGGUGGGCUGAAUAUGGUUCUAUGUGUGCUAAUCUCCAGAACCCGUGAGCAUUAGCUUCUAUGGCCAGAGGGGCUGGGCAGAUGUAAUUAAAUGAAGGAUUUGGAGAUGCGGAGAUUAUUCUGCAUUAUCCUGGCAGGCCCUAAAUAGAACCACAAGGCUCCUUAUAAGAGGGAGGCAAGAAGGUCACAAGAGAAGGGGCUGUGACGACGGAAGCAGAGGUUGAGAUGACGCGGCCAGGAGCCAAGGAAAGCUGUAGCCUCUAGAAGCUGGAAAAGUCAAGGACUGGGUGCGUCAGAAGGAACCAGUCUCGUGGAGACCCCGACUCCAGAACUGUAGGAGAAUAAAUGUAUGUUGUUUACAUGAAGCCACUAAUUGAUGCGGCAACAUUGGAAACGAACACCCUAUUGUGGCAGGCGCUCCCUCCUAAGUGCUCUCCCUACAGUAACUCAUU